AAGAAGCAGCAGAACAAAAGGCAAAGCAGAAACAACGAAGUCGAAGAGAGAGAGAGAGAGAGCGGUCACUCUGCAAGAAUUAAAACAACAACGGACAUCGAGAAAUAAAACAACGGACUCUGUUCGAACGAGAUAGAAACAACGAAAAGCAAACCACAAAAAAGAAGGACAUUUGAAGAAAACGAACAGCUUCUGAAUAACGGAAUCAGAAAAGAACAAGCUAGAAAAAAAAUACUUGGGGCUGCAUCAUCUGUUGUGGGCGUGGCUAACUGCAUCAAACUGUAAUGUUCCAUUGUCGACGAUCCCUGUUCAUCAUCCACUCAUCAUUUUCAUACUCAUCAUCAUCAUUAACAACAACAACAACGUGGGUUCCAACAACAAAAUGUCCAGAGCGAAGGGAAGCAUUGGACCCGCGCUAGGAGGUUCAAUCGGUGGAGCAAACGGUGUUAGGACGGAGGAUCACAUAAUAACCAUCAGCACUGCCAGCCUCACGGAAACCAGCAACGGGGAAGCACUGAAGCAAUCAUCUGCCCGAGAUAUACCCAUAGUUGUGCCACCAUCCCUGGAGGUGCACCACCAAUCGCCCAAAGCAAACAGCGCCCAGACCCAUACGAGUAGUAAAGGAUAUUCCCUUUGUCGACUGUCCCAGCUGGUUAGCUACCAGAACAACAUUGCGGAUGUACAGCAUCGACGCGGUAGACGCCUCCAUGGACUGCAGCUGCCAUUGCAUCCGUUGCAACUAUUCGGAUGGUUGGUCCUCCUGCUCUUCGGUUUGGCCAGCUAUUGGGUGUUGAUCCCUGCAUUUCAUGCACCGCUACAGGGGCCGCUAUAUGGUCUCAUCACUGGACUGUAUCUCGUGCACAUUGCCUCACAUUUGACGGCACUGCUGACGGAUCCGGCGGACAAGGAAUUGCGGCGAGUGCAUCGCAACGAUCGCAUUGUCCCAGAGUUCGAUCGCACCAAGCACGGACACGUGAUUGAGAACGGACGGUGUCAUUUGUGCAACAUACGCACCUCCUCGAGCCGCACCAAGCACUGCUCGGUGUGCAACAAGUGUGUGGGAAAGUUCGACCAUCACUGCAAGUGGCUGAAUCAUUGCAUCGGAUCGAGGAACUAUGUGGCCUUCCUGAUGUGCGUCGUCAGUGCGGUGGUGGCCACUCUGGUGAUUGUGGCAGCGGUGAUCGCCCAAAUCGCCUUCUACUACAUCCAACCGGAGUGGCUGAGCUUCUACUGGUGCCGCUCCAUCAGCGAUUUGGAUGCCGGACACCAAAUGGAGCCCGGCGACUACAUAAAUCUCACCCUAAGCCUUGGCAAUGGCACCAUGAUGCUGCUGGAGCAGCCACCCGAUGAGGAAGAACCCAUAAAGUUGGAUGAGCAAAUGGAUAACAUUACCAUUUCAACGUUGCCCACACUCUUGGAGAAUUUUACGGCCUUGAUUGAGGCUUCGGCAACAUCCCAGCCAGGCAUUAAUUUGACCACAAAUCAGACCAUCGCACCCGUAGUUGGCGGCAUAGGCGUCAAUGAAACUAUAUUCCUGCUCCUGUUGGGAGUCCUGGGACUCUUGGCAGCCGUGAGUGCGGGACUGCUUCUCCAUCUGUGCUUUUUCCACAUCUACAUCUCGUUUUUGGGUCUCACGACGUACGAGUACAUCAGGAAUCAUCGUCAGGCGCAGGAAGCCAAAGCCAAACAGCUGCUGGAGCACGGUUCAGACGUGGGAGUGGGCAAAAAUGGAACAGUUCACUUUUCAGCCACCCUCCCAGAGCCGCACAAUCCGUCCAAAUCGAUGCCAGGUGGGCAGCAGCUCUACUGCUUCUCCAAGGCGCCACAUCCCAACCAGCAGCAGCAGCAGCAACCACAGGAGGCGGCACUCUGCACGGGCCAAACGGAGCAGUCGAUGCGGAUGCAUUGCUGUGCCAGCUCCAGGGAGUUCCAUCAGUCGCGGCAGGCCAUCUAUCUGUGCUCCCUGCUGGAGGAGCGCACCAGCGCCAGUCACCAGCGUCCUUCGCUGCAGGACUCUCUGAGCAGCUUCCAUUGCUGCUCGAGUUUUGCGGCCAGCUCGCUGCAGCGUCGCGUGAGUGUGGCCAAGGGCACACUGAUCUCUGGGGAGCCACGACCCCAGCGUCCAGCCACGUAUCUGCAGUACACGGAACAGUGCACACUCUGCACCUUUCGCCUGCGACGCGAGGGAGCUGCAGCAGGCGCUCCCAGCAGUGCUGGGGGUAGCAGCAGCACGAGGACAAUGUCCAGUCAAGCGGGUGUUUCCUCCGCAUCGGCCAAUGGGGCGGCACGAAACAUCUCCAAGCAUCAGCGUUGGCGCAGGAAAUGGAACUGCUGUGCCAGUGUGCCGGAUAGUCCCGAUGUACCCAAUGAUCUCCUGGCGGCUCUGACCUUCAGAGAGCGCGAGAAUGCAGAAGCGGCGGCGAAGCUGAAUGCCCAGGAGCUGCCCAUACAAUUUAUACGAACUCUCAACGGGGGCAUGGAUCAUCCGGAGGUGGAACUGCCCAUAAAGACAACGACAACAACGCCGCCGCGCAGCUCUCGAUUGCGGCACAUGCUGCGCCUCCUGGGACGCUAUCGAAGACCGCGGUGUCGCCAUCAUGGUGGAGCCCAUGGCGUGGCGGCCAAGGAGCAUCAUCAGCAUCAUGGAGGGGCCACUAUCAAACAGAAUCAGAUACGUCCAUUGCAACUGCAGGCCGCAGGACGUGGCUACGCCGCUUCAUCGACAACAACGCCCCCUGGGAGUUCGCCCAGUCGGAGCUCAGCAGAGAGCAGCAGCGAAUCGGUGAGCACCAGCACCAGCCCCUCCAGCAGCUCCAAGAAGGAGCUAAUGCUGUUGCCGACAUCCGUGAUCCGAGAUGAUAGUGUUACAACCUAUACACUCACCCUGCCACCAGCGUUGCCGCCACCCACGCGACGCAAGAUGCCGCAGGCCAGUCAGGAGUUGGCAGAACUUGCCGAGUCUCUGGGCUUUGUCAGCAGUAAUCAUCAUCAUCCACCGCAGCAGCAGCAGCAGCAGCAACACUUGACACCCAACAGUCGACAGUUGCCCCAUAGCCUGGGGAAUGUCUAUAGAAGGCAGAGGAGGAAGCAUUUCCUGCGCACUCGAUCGCCCACACUGUCGCCCAUCCAUGAAUCCGGCCUCUCCAAUCCGACAUCGCCGCAACCGCUGCGGCAUCAUCCACACAAUAAUCUAGCACUCAGCUCUAACUCCAAUCCGGCCAAAUGUUCGUCCCCACUCGCCAACCGUUCAUCGUUGCCCUCCUCCUCGGUGCUCGUCCAGAAUCUAUGCAGCCUGGCAGGCGAGACCCUGAGGAAGACAUCGUCCAAUAGUUCGCUCCAAAGCAUCAGCUCCAACUCCAGCAGCACAUAAAUGAGAUGAAAGGAGCAACCAAAUUAUAAAGGAGCGGUGCGCUGUGGUGUUAAACAGUUCCUCGAAUGGUUUCUGUUUGGUCCUUUAGAUGAUAGUCAUAGUCAUAGUCAUAGUCGUCGUCCCCUUGGUUCCUGGUGGAUCCAGGAAAUCAGUCAAUCUGAAAACAAUUAUCCAAAGUCAUAAGCAAAUGAAAUCAAUUAAGGCACCCCAACGGCUAAGUGGCAGGAAAUUGCCAUUGGAUGCAAUGUGGUUUCAUGAACCGAAACUGAAUUCCCUCCUUUUAUUUGGUUUAUUGAAUGCAUAUUUCAUUUAUUAGAAGUCCUGGCCUUGAGUAUUAAUUGAAAAUUAUAUUAGUUUGUUUAAACUUCUCUGUGCCCAAAGGAAACCAUGGGCAAGUGAUUUACUCUUGAAUGGAAUUUGCACCUUGGAAUUUGUGUUUUCCUUUGGCUUUUUGUACUAAUCUUUGGAGGUUUUCCCAGGAUUUUCUUGUUGAUUUUGGGAAUAUUUAAAGUUGUAUAUUCUGCAAUGAUUUUCCUUUUUGUAUUUGCGAUUUUUCGAAACUUGAACGAAUAUAUUUUUUCCAAUCUCUAAAUAAUCACAGUUCUAAUGGGACUCCUGUUUAUGUAUUCCCCACAAAGUGAAGCGAAGUUUUCCCUUGGCAUUUCAUUUGAGUCCUCCCAUUGUUGCCACAUCGUUAGAGACUAACUGCAUUAUCCCCGCUCUCAGGCACCUACCUACUACACACAUAGUCGCAUAUCCCUAACAAUAUCUGCUUAUCCUUUGUCUUCAUUGAAUGACUUUGCAGUUGAAUUUAUAAAAUAUGCAACAGCAUGUGCUGCAAAUGCAGCCAGGGGGUCGUGUCGUGUUGUUUCGUCUGCCCUGUGUGUUCUGUGUGAGUGAAGCAUUUGGAGGACAGGUCACGGAAGAGGGGAGCCAGCUCCACACAGAUAUUGAUUUUCAUUUUCCACAAAAUUUAUAAGCAAAGGCGCUGGGGUGAUUACGUAUUGUACGAGUACGCGAGUAUCUGUAUCUGUACAUAUGUACGAGUACAUCCACUCGUAUAUCCUGGCAUCAUCUGUACAGCAAGAGGGGCAGGAACCAUUCCACCAUUGGCGGUGUGCCUCGCCCCAAGGGAAGCAGGAUGCUGAUGCUGCUGCUGCAUGUUGCCAAAUUGUUACGCAAAUGUUUUCAUUCGAUUUAAAUUCAAAUGCAGUGACAAAACUCGACAAUAGACCCCAGAGAUACGACAGAUACGAGUGCGAGGUAUCGCCCCAUCCUGCCCUUACGCCAAUGGUAAUUGUCAUUGCUCUAAGCUUGAUUUUGAUGACUGAGCUCAGACAGUCAGACAGACAGAGAGAGACAGCGAGAAAUCCCUAUUAAAUAUGCUGACAAAACUGAAUAAUUAAUGAAAUACAAGUCGAAAAAAAGCAGAUCGAAAUACAGCAAGGAAAUGCGUCAAAUGUGAGAUUGAAUCGGGGACUGUGCUCCGUUUUCUGUUCCUGUACCUUCAGCUGUCAUUCAGGGGGGAAAAGUUUAACGAAUGGUUGAAUAGAUAUCAGGGUUUUGCUUUGACUAGUGCUUGCCAUAACGAGGACGCACAUCAGGAGCACUCCGCCAGGUCCUCCCAUUUCCAGACAGUCGCCCAUGUCGGUUCUCCUGUUAUUGAAACUGACAGUCGAGGCAGAAAGCCAAAUGGAAAGUCCAUUUUUAACUGGCUAACACACACACACACACACACACACACUGGCGGCGGUGUGGGAUGUGGCACGUGUAAUGGUGUGGCAUGAUGGCGAGCAUGGUGUGAUGUGAUGUGAGACGGAUGGAUGGAUGGUUUGUAAGCGCGAGAACUGAGUACAGGAAAUGGCCACAGAAGAGGUGUUCGAUGUUCAAGGUGUGGCCGGUGUGGCAGUUCCUUCACUCAGAGUGUGAUUAGUUUCUUUUUUCUUUCUGUUUCUUUCUGUCUGUUAAACAGACAUUCCAAAUCAAUUUGCAUGCCCUUCAUCAUUCAGGUUUCGAAUGGGAAAGCCAACACUUUUUGAAUUGUAAAUAGCUUUUGAUUAAUUGAGAGACUUUUACCCUUUUCAAUUGUGGUCUAAAAACCACAAAAAGUACCAGCAGAUCAUUAUCAAGUUCAUACAUUUGAAGAACAUUUCAGAAAGAAAAAGUUGUGAAAUUUUCAUUUCAUUGCCCUUCAUUUAAGAACUUAAUUUUUAAUGCACUUUCUAUCAUAAUAUUUAUCUUUACCCUUAUAAGUCCUAAAAAUCAUUUGGUUAAAUUAAAUCUACAUUUCUUGACAUUAAAGUACAGACAAUUCAAAGCAUAUCUACUGAAAACUUUUGUUCGAAAGAAAACUUUUUUUGAUUCGCCAAAAGUUUACCACAAACUUUUUGACUUUAAAGAAAGGGGAUAGAAAGAGGGAAAUAAAUGCGCUUUUAUUUGCGGUUUAGUUUUGUUCCUUACUCACAUGUAAACCACAAGUGUUGAAUAUAAAACGACUGUACGAAAAUGCUUAAUUCGUUUUUUUUAACUUCUACCAAUCCGAAGUACAGUCAUCAGUCAUCCUCCUGAAAACCUAUUUCCCUGACCCCUUUCUUCAAACCUUUUUUCUUGAUUAGAUCUACUGUGAAUAAUUUAUUUAUUUCGCUUUAUAAAUUAUUUCUUCCACUUUUUUUUUGACUAUCGGCCACACUGACACUUCUGGUUAAAUAAUUAAGCCGUUUCACAUGCGAAAUGAGGCCAAGAAAUAAAUGAAAAGUUAAUUAAUUAUACUCGUUGGCUCCACAGCGAUGGUCUGAAAGCUCCACAGAAAAUCCAAGUGGUACAAAUAUGGUUGACAUAUACAAAACUUAUUUUUGGGCAGAGAAGGAAAUGGGGAGAAACGAACAGAUAAGAGAUGGGGAAAGAGCUUGAAAGACAGUGUCAUUGAGCCUUCGUUUGACAUGCACUUUUGCAGCGGUAUUCAGA